CGCCAUCCACGAGGACUAGACGAAGUGUCAAGCAUAUCGGGAGAAACUUCAAUUUAGUAGACGAGCAGGAUGACGAUGGACAGGACACGAAACGAAAAGGGCGCACAUCGAGAGAGUCAGGAACGUCAUCAGGCCACGAGCAUCUUCGGGAGUCUAGGACAUCAUCGAGAUCUAGCAGGCAAGAGAGUGCGAGUAGAGGCCGAGACUAUCGCGCAUCUUCAUCUCGUCAGAGAACAUCAAGAGACGAGACAAGCAGUGCAGUGAGUUCACUACUACCUUCGCAAAGGAACGGCGGCGGUCCUCCUCGGGGUGGUACUAGUGGCCGAACAUUCAAGUCCGACUUCCUGUUUGAUAAGAAAGGCAGUUUCAAGACAGGUGUGGGAGGUAAUCGUGCUGGUAGAAAUCCUGCUGCUGGCAAUGUUGGUACAAGAAAUCCUAGGGACCAUCCUACUUCCAAAACGUCGUCUUCUAGGUCCAAAAAUGAUUAUUUCUACUCUUCAAGAGGUGGAGGUGGAGGGAACAAUCCGAAGAAUAAUCAUCAAACUCCCCAACCGCGCGGUCGAGACGAAGGAAGAAGUAUUGAUCGAAGCACCAACAGGAGCUUCUAUGCCGCUCGCAAUGCAUCCUCCAAGCCUUCGUCGGUGAGGAGUAUUUCUUCGAGUGCUCCAAGGUCAGCUGCUGCUAAACGGAGACAAAUGUUGAGGGAGGAGAACGUAGUUGAGGCGACAAAACGUCGUUGGGAUUUGAGAAGACCAAGAGGAAUCCCCUCGGGAGAAGCAGAGGCGCAAGAUGAACAUGGUCCAUGCGGACGAGAAUUUGAUCACAACGAAACUAGUCAACAGAGUCGCUACUUUGAAGAUGAUGAAGGUAACGACGCAGAAGAUGAAGGUAACGACCAGGUGGAGAAUAGAAGAAGCAGAAGUCGUCUUGAUGAUGCAGAAGACCAUGUGGAAAUGGAGCAGGGUCUGGGUCGUGGUCGCAGUAGUGGAAGAGGAAGCGGCGGUCGGGCUCGAGGAGGAGGAGAGCAUUUUGAUGAUGCUGAUCGUGAUUAUCAGAAGAAGUGUCAUGAAGAUUAUAGGCGUGAAGAUUCACGUGAGAGCGGAGAUGAUGCUUCAACAUCUCGAACAAGGAGUCGUCAGGGCUACGGGUACGGACAUGAUGAUCGAGGCGGAGAACAAGUAGGUCUAGGUCAGCCAGAUGAAGGAGUUGAUCAGCAGCAAAUGAACGACGAGGGUGAAGAUUACUAUUCGCCAAACAAGUUUGACAACAGCGAUGAUCACUACAAUGUCAACGACCAACUACUUGAUGACGGCCCAAGAAACGUUCGAGAGGCAGCACAUGAUGAUCCAAACGAAGAACAGAA